AUGUUCGUGUGGUGGUGGGGUAUCUCCUCUUCUGCACUUUCUCAAGGAGGAGAGAAUGAGGUGGUUGAGAGGGACGCAGUGUCAUUAUUGUUGGAGCGAGAGGCAACUGCAGCAACGGCCACAGACAACACAAGUCACCAUGCGGCUGAGCAUGUGAUCACCUAUCCCUCUCGGCUCAUCUACUACCUGAACGAGGACUCAGAGAGCACUUACCAUGACCUGGACACCCGGGUUAGGAACCAGGCCACAGAGGGUCGUGAUCAGGUAAGACAACAUACAAGACUUCUGGUCGGAACAUGGGAUUGUCAUCCUAUUGGAACCUAUUGGAGUACAUUGGUGGUUAUACUUGCCAAUGGGAGUACACUUGUCCAUGUUGGCACACUGGAUAAAGUAAACGGAUGAAUGGGUAUAUUUUGAUUUAAAUGAUGGGCUAGAAGGAAUCAUCAAUGAGAGCAUUGUCUAGCUCUAUUCUCCCCUCCUCUCCUAUGUUAUGAGGGUGAUGCCCUAUUAUACUUAACUUGGCUUGGCAGUGAAGUUGGCAUGCCAUUCCUUACAGUCAUUACAGUUACAAUUUCUCAAUUAAAUAACCAUAGAAAUAUGAUUCUAAUUAUAUAACUAUUAAUAAUAAUAAUACAUUUAAUUUGUGUAGUGCUAUAACUACUCUUACCAUUACCAUUACCAAAGGCUAACAUUCUCCCAAUAAACCUACAAUUAGAAAAGAAAACAGCCUGAUGAAAACAAUGACCUGUGAUGUGGUUAACCUUCUCUCUCCCACAGGCGGUCCACCUUGCUCAAGCCAGUUUCCAGUUAGAGGCCUUUGGCUCCAGAUUUGUACUGGACCUAACGUUAAACAAGUAA